GCACAUAUAUAUUCUGUAUUCUUCCCCAUAGCUGAUUGAGAAAUUUCCAGAGCCAUAUUCGAUUGCCACACCAACAAAAAAAAAAUUGAAAUCUUUUUUCUCAUUUCGAUCCAAAAAGCCUUCGUCUUUCCUCAGCUUGUUCAUAUUCGAGCUCAAGCUGAGUUGUGUCUUCUUGGAAAGCAUAGAAAAAGCCUCUAUGGGAGGAGCACCAGCUUUAUUUGUGGAUCAUCUGGAGAAUGGACACACUAAUGGCUGUAGUCUAAAAUCCGAAGAUACAUCAGUUCAAAUUGGAGAUCGAUCCUAUGUGAUUGGUGGAAGUCAUGAAGAGAACCCAUUGUUCCUUGGAGUUCAGAUUCAUGACAAAAUCACUAACAAGUGGUCUAGUCCUACUGUUCUUGGAACAGGCCCUAAACCCUGCAAGGCCUACUCCGCCAUUGUUCUUAAACAAGGACGGAUCCUAGUUAUCAAAAAAGAUGCAGCUUCUGAUGACUCUAUAUGGUUCCUCGAGGUGGACAGUCCUUUUGUCCGGGAACAAAGGAAACUCUUAGGCAAAGAGGUUGUUACAUGGAGCAAAGGAGUGAGAGGAAACGCAGAGAAGCCUAUUGUCAUAAGCGGUCCCUCUGGAGUUGGCAAAGGAACGCUUAUAACGAUGCUCAUGAAAGAGUUUCCUUCCAUGUUUGGAUUCUCUGUGAGCCACACGACUCGUUCUCCGAGGUGUAUGGAGAAGAACGGUGUUCACUACCAUUUCACUGAGAAAACUGUGAUGGAGAAAGAGAUUAAUGACGGGAAGUUUCUUGAGUUUGCUUCUGUUCAUGGUAAUCUGUACGGAACCAGCAUUGAAUCCGUUGAGGUUGUCACAGAUUCAGGAAAGAGAUGCAUACUUGACAUUGAUGUUCAAGGAGCGAGGUCUGUGAAGGCGAGUUCUCUUGAUGCCAUGUUUAUAUUCGUGUGUCCUCCUUCAAUGAAGGAGCUUGAAGAUCGGCUACGUGCCCGAGGAACUGAAACAGAGGAGCAGAUCCAGAAGCGGCUUAGAAACGCUGAAGCGGAGAUCAAAGCUGGGAAGUCCUCAGGCAUUUUUGGUCAUAUCCUGUAUAAUGACAACCUCGAGGAAUGUUACAAGAGCCUUAAGAAUCUCUUGGGGAUAGACAAUGACGCUCCAGUGAAUGGCUUAGAAGCAGUAGAAGGGAUCAAUCUUCCCAAGGAGCAUACAGUAACAAAGAUGGAAGAUAAGAUAUUGAUUCAAGAAACAGGAGAAGUGAUCAAGAACAACAUGAUUGUGUUGGAUUUAUCUUCGAUUAACGGGGGAGCACCCGGAAGAACAAGAGGGAUCGUUCUGGACACGGUGAAGUCCAGCUAACAAAGAGUCUUUUUAGUCUUUCUCCGCUGAAAGCUAAAUAGGGAAACAUUGCUUCUUGUUUUUAUUCUUUUGUUUACUGAAAAGACUUCAAGGCAUUUUAGCGGUUGAAAGGUUUACUAGAUAGGCAGUGAUGAUGAUGAUUACUAUUAUGAUGAUUCAAAAAAAAGACAUCACCUCUUUUGAGAGAUGAUGGAGCGAUAUUUUUUUGUUCCUUUUACUGGUAUAAAGUUUUUGUUUACUCUAAAAUCUAAUCAUUUUGGUAUUAUUA